AUGGAUAUGGGCCUGAAGAGAAAUAUGAAGGAGAGAAUAGGACCUACAUCUAAAAUAUUAGAAAGUCGAGCAGAUAAGCCGUUAUGUGGACUGCUACUCAUUAUUAUGUCGAUUUUGAAAUCGAAUGUGGGAAUAAAAUUUUGGGAGAAUCCUAACAAAACUAGGGUAAAUUUAGUAGAGAAAACGAAUAUAGGUAGAAUGAACGAUGACCUUAAUUUACAGAUUGCAGUGGAGGGGUGUUGCCACGGGGAGCUGGAUAAAAUAUAUGAGAGAAUCCGCAGCCACGAGCUGGAAAGUGGCACGAAAGUGGAUUUAUUGCUGUGUUGUGGAGAUUUCCAGUCGAUACGAGACGAGGCUGACUUAAACGACCUCUCGUGUCCUCAGAAAUACAGAGAAUAUCGCGACUUCAAAGAGUACUAUAACUGUGCUAAAAGCUCACCAGUACUGACGGUGUUCAUCGGCGGUAAUCACGAGGCGCCGGACUUUCUGAGAAACCUGUAUUACGGAGGGUGGGUGGCCCCGAACAUAUACUACCUGGGUCAUUCGGGAGUGUUGAACGUAAAUGGGCUCAGAAUAGCAGGAGUUUCGGGGAUAUACAACUUCCACAGUUACACGAGGGGCUACUUUGAGGCGCACCCUUACACGGAGGAAACGAAGAGAUCGGCAUACCAUAUUAGGGAGUUUGACGUAAAGAAGCUGAAUUUGAUAAAGGAGCCAGUUGACAUUUUCCUAUCGCACGACUGGCCCUCGGGAAUAGAGCACUACGGCAACCUGCAGGAGCUGCUGAGGAUAAAGCCGUAUUUUCACCAGGACAUAAUGAGUAACACGCUCGGGAACCCUAGGACCAGGGAGCUCCUGGAUAGGCUUAGGCCUCGCUUCUGGUUCUCAGCUCACCUGCACGUUAAGUACGAAGCGAUGUACGCGCACGACAAUGGCAACUUUACGUACUUUCUGGCACUUGACAAGGUUCUCCCCUACAGGGAGUUUUUGCGGGUGUUGAGCAUUUUUCCCGCGGAUGUAAACGGCAGUACAACCUGUGAUAAUGGCAGUAGUGCUCACUCACAAACUGCACAAAACGACAAAGGUACACGAAACAACGUUAAACUGUGCUACGACCGUGAGUGGUGUGCAAUACUCGUUGCCAACAAGGACAAGAUGCCCCUGAACACGUUCCCAUCCGUGCAGCCGAUUACUCUGAAUGAGCCUACUGAGGAGAACUACAAGUUUGUGGAUAAUCAGUUCAGUCACUCGGGGUAUGAAACAGUGGCGCACGGCAAUUCAACAUUCUACAGCGUCCCAUACCACGAGGGCGCCCAUUUAAACCCCAAGGCCCAGAGGGAGGACUUCAUGAAGUUGCUCGGCCUCCCUGAUAACAACUACUUCAGCCCAGAGUUGAAUCAAAAAUUCCAAGUCAACUUUGUAGAAUAG